UUAUAAAUGCAACGUCGGGCGGCAGAGUGAAGCAGUGGAGAGGAAGGAGUACGUCAGAGAGACAGAAUGGCGGAGGCAGGUUGAGAAGAGAUAGUGGGAGAGCCAUAUACAGCGUCCGCAGAAGUGUGGAAGCGGCGAGUGUUUCAUCCGUCGUCUGAAACAUGGCCAGUAACCUCAAUAUGGAGAGACAGCAGAGCAAGGGAGCCGAUAGAAGGCACAGCGGUGAUGUUCCUGCGGAGAGUUGCGAUAUUUUGAAGCAUUUGUUGCCCGCCGCGGUCGCAUCCAGUCAAGAUGGCGAACAAGCUGUGUGUGAAGGACUAGCGUCUGAGCAAGAAGCUACUGAAAGACGGAGGAGCGGAGUGUCGGAGCUGAGGCACAACAGUUCUCCCUCGGCAUACCAGCGACCUUUAGAUGAGCUGCCACGGCUAAACUUUCAGAUCCCAAGGAAGAGCAAAGAACGGAAAGCCCUGUUCCAGUACCUCUCCCAGGGGUCGCGCGAGUUCGAGGACGUCGGCAAGAUCCUCUCCUCCUGCUACAGAGACGCCUCCUCGGCUGGGACCUUCUCCUACACCAAGGCCCGACUCGUCCACAGCGAGCUCCUGGAGAAGGACUUCAUUGAGAAGAAAAGGGAGAUGAAACAGGAUGGGCGAACAGACAAAGAGCUAGUGGAGUCCUACUGUUUCCUGCUACCAGACGCCUCUAAGCUUCAUUGGAUCUGUGAGAAGGGCCUGUCUGUAGGGCACACUCGGAUCACCACACUGGGAAAUCCAGCUAUGGGCGUUUAUCUGUCCAAAUACUCCGAUUUGCUCCAGAUCAAUACAUUUGACUUGGGUGCCACGGGCGAUAUUAUUAUAUUCAAAGUUAUGAAGGGAAAAGUGAAAAGCAUAUAUGAGAACAUGUCCAAGAACCUCCUGGAUCCCACGCCCAAAUUCGACUGCCACGUUUCCAAGAACGCCGCCAGGGUGACCUCCCUCCUGUCCUACAGAGGGUUUGAGCUCACGCAGCAAUACUUCUACGAGUACUCCUUCGAUGACAUCAAGCACCGCCCCCGACACGUCUGUCCGUACGCCGUGGUGUCCUUCCUGUACAAAGGCAAAGAGGCCACGCCCCCUCCAAAACCCACUGCCCCCCUCAGGUCGAACUGCAGCAUCUCUGAAGGAAGUAAAGGCGUGGCAGCCAGGAGCAGCUACACUGUGUGGAGCGGGCAGCUGCUGAACGGGGGCAGGGUGGUUUACCAAGUGGGCCUGCGCUCCUCUACCCGCCCCUUCCUCCCCUUCAAACUUCCGGAGAAGCUUGAGAUCGGCACGGUGAUGAAUCUGGAGCAGGUGAAGAGAAAGAUCCCCACAGUGCUGUUCUCCUGGGACACCUACACUGGAGAGCGAGAAGUGCUUAAAAGUGGGAUGUACUGCAGCUUGUUUGAGGUGGUGGAUAAAAGCAAACAUGGCAACAGCCUGACGGCCCUGCUUCAGAAGCUGGAGAGGGAGAGAAUGGUUCUUGUCAACACGUUACUGGAUAAGGGCUUUCUCUUCCUGCUGUCCUCCACUCAGAUGGUCAAUUCCAACGAAAGGAGAGGCGGCUGGACGCGAUGCCUCCAAGCGCUCUUUGUCUUUCAGGAGUCGAGAGGAGUCACAAAGUUCACCUCCAAACGGCCCACCGCCCAUGAGCCUCUGCAGCCGGACCCUCAGCAUCCCAUAAUGCCCCAGCUGGACACCUUCAUCCCGGCGCUGCACUACGCGCUGAUGAAGGUGCGGUCCAACCCGCCGGCGGAUCUGGGCGCGGGGGUGGAGCGGCAGGCGCGGGACUACCUGAGCGGGCGGGACGACGGCAAGGUGCGGCUGUACUACAUGAACGAGUACAAGCAGAACCUGGACGAGCGGGACAAGCUGCACCCCGCGCCCAAGCAGAAGCACAACCUGGAGGCCUACCUGCGCUCCUACAUCUACCGGCCCGACGUCUACCUGCUGGCCGUGGUGCAGGCCCGCGAGAUGGUGGAGAGCCUGCGGAGGGCGCCGGAGUACAGCCCCGUGUCGGACUGGGAGGGCUCGGACGGGCAGGGGCCCGGGGCCACCUCCGCCGGGGCCGCCGCCCAGGCCAACGGGGCCCACGGGGCGCAGGCCGACAACGACCCGGAGAAGAUGCGGGAGCUGCUGAAGCUGAUCCAGAUGUGGAAGAGGAACGAGGGGGAGGCGCGGCAGGUCGGGGAGGCCCGGGACGGGAGGGAAGGGCCGGAGGAGCCCAUCUGGGAGGCGCGCGGACUGAAGAGGAAGCUGGAGGAGGAGGCGGCGGCGGCGGCCAGCACCUUCAAGUACCUGAGGAGGGCGUCGCUUGACAACGGGGAGCACAGCAGAGAGGAAGAGGGCCGGUCGCCCCCCUCCCUGUCCGCGGUGAUGAACUGCAUGGGCAUCCGGGACACGGACCUGCGCAAGGACCAGACCCACAACACGUCCCGGCUGAUGGAGAUGCUGGCCACCCUCAGCAAGGCCAAGAGGAGGUCCAGCGCCGGCCCGCCCGACGGGCCCAUCAGCCCCGAGGGCGGGGCAGGGGGCGGGGCCCGGGAGGGGCCCGAGCUGAGCGAACCACUCCGCUACGACACCAUGAUCAAGCUGGACCUCCCCAGCGGCUGCGACAUCGACCUGCGCGACCAGGCAGGCGAGGAUGACCUGGAGGAUCAGACUGCUGGCAGCAUGAGCAGCCUGGAGGUGUUCAGCCCCUGCUCCAGUAAUGAGCAGCGCCGGGGUGGUGAUAAUGAAGGACAGAUGCCCUGGUUUCUCAUCCCCAUAACCGGUAUAAAGUCGGAGAAGUACUGCCGCAGAGAGGAGGACAACCCCCAAGACCCCCGUUUCCUAAACAACCCGUUGGCGUCCAGCUACAGCGCUGCUGAGAAACCCCACACUUCCCUCUCCCAGCCACCGGAGGACAGUUACCUGACAGUCGGAGGGGAAGUGGAGGAGAUGGAGGUGGAGGAGGAGGCGGCGGCGCUGGUGGAAGGGGGAUCGGAGCCCCUCUGCCCCCUGGGCCGGGACGUCCCCCCCGGCACUCUGGACGGCAUCAUCGACGAGGCGCUGGGCCACUUUUCGGUGGGGAUGCGGGACAUUCUGCGGGAGGGGCGGGUGAGCUACAGCCCGGAGCCCACGCCCAUCCCGCUGGAGCAGCACCAGCAGCUGUGGGCGCCGGGCGUGGCCUUCUCGGAGUACAUCUCGCACUACACGUCCUCCGUCCCCAUCCACGGCUACGUCACCACGCUGUGUGAGCAGAUGAGCUGCCUCGCGCGCCCCAAGGAGAGGACCGCUCCUGCAGACGCGCUGACGAACCGCGCGGGCGUCCAGGACACGGACCUGCGCAAGGACCAGACCCACAACACGUCCCGGCUGAUGGAGAUGCUGACCACCCUCAGCAAGGCCAAGAGGAGGUCCAGCGCCCCUGUGCCUCCUGACACACCUCCUCACACAUCUACUCAUGUCCCUGUGCCUGAUCUGACACCUUCUCACACACCUACGCACACCCCUGCUCACACCUGUACUCCUAUUCCUACUCAUACCCCUGUCCCUGCUCACACACCUACUCACACCCCUGCUCACACCUCUACGCACACCCCUACUCAUGCUCCUGUCCCUGCUCACACACCUACUCACACCCCUGCUCACACCUCUACGCAUACCUCUACUCAUGCUCCUGUCCCUGCUCCCACCCCUGCUCACAGCUCUACUCAUAGCCCUGUCCCUGCUCAUAUUUCUGGUGUUCCCCCUGUGCACACCCUGGUACCUGCUCCUGCCCCAGCAGCAGUACCUUCUCCUCACUCUGACCUGGCCCCAGCCCACGUUCCUCUUGCACCUGCCCUUGGUCCAGUGCCUGCCCCCUCCUCUUCCCCUUGCACUGCCCCUCCGCCCGCCAAAUCGUGGGACUCCCCGCCCCACAGGCAGGCCCCUCACAGUCUACCUCGCCUCGGCACCAUUAAGGACACAGCCCCUCUGACCCCAAAAGCACAGGGGGUCCACAGGAGGCCCCCCCGACAGGAUGGAGGCAGGGCCGUCGCGGAGGUGGAGCCGGACGGAAAGCACCCCACGCCUCUGACUGAAGCCCCUCCCACCUCGAGCCUUCCCCCAGACUCUGGCUCCGCCUCCGGCCCCGCGGCCAUCAGCAGCCUGAUUAGCCAGCUGAAGCCCGAGGUGUUCAGCAGCCUCGUGGAGAUCAUCAAGGACGUGCAGAAGAACGCCGUCAAGUUCUACAUCCACUCUCAGGAGGACAGCGCAGUCUGCCUCGAAAUCAAGGAGUACCUGAUAAGACUGGGAAAUGUGGAGUGCAACCCUCAGGCCUUCCUGGAGAGCAAGAACAACCUGGACAAGCUGCUGAUCAUCAUUCAGAACGAGGACAUCGCUGCUCACGUCCACAAGAUCCCGGCGCUGGUGUCUCUGAAAAAGUUGCCGGCGGUGAGCUUUGCUGGAGUGGACAGCCUGGACGACGUGAAGAACCACACUUACAACGAGCUGUUUGUGUCCGGCGGCUUCAUUGUGUCUGAUGAGUUUGUGCUCAACCCAGACUUCAUCACUCACGAGAGGCUGCUCAGGUUCCUGAAGUUGCUGGAGAAGCAGAGCAGCCCGGAGAACCUGUGGCAGUGGAAGGUGCACUGUAAGACCCAGAAGAAGCUGAAGGAGCUGGGCAGGUUGAACAGCGAUGCUCUGAGCCUCUUGACCCUCCUCACCACCUAUCAGAAGAAGCACCUGGUGGAGUUCCUGCCGUACCACGAGUGUGACGCUCCCUCCCGCCACGCCCCCGAUCUGGACUGCCUGAUCCGCCUGCAGGCUCAGCACACCCAGCACCGCCACAUCCUCUUCCUCACAGAACGGCGGUUUGAGAUGUUCCCACACUACUCCAGCAAUGGCAUUGUGAUUGCAAGCAUCGAUGAUGUCAUGAACAGCUUCCACAGCCUCAUUGGUUUCCAUGACAACGCAGAAGAGCCACCUGCCUCUGACAAUCACUCUCCUCAGACUCCCCCUGCAGUGCUGAAGGACGAGUGUGUGGAGGAGGAGGACAUGUCUCUGGACUCUGAGGAUGACGCCCCCGUGAUCGAGGAGCCCAGCGCCCAGAGUCAGGAAGUGGGCGCGGAGGGCGUGGCCCAACAGCCCCCCCUGCCCCAGAUCCAGGAGUUUCGGCCACCCCUCCCCGAGCAGGAGCACCUGUCCUUCCUGCAGGCGUGCUCCGGGGAGGGGCCGAAGCCGCUGGACUUCGCGGCGCUCAAGUCGGCCAUCUCGCAGUUCAAGGCCUCCGGCCAGGGGCAGCCCCCGGAGUACGAGGUGGGCGGGUCGUCGCCGGGGGCCUUCAACGUCAACCCCCACCAGAGCUUCCUGUGCCCGUCGCUGCUGCCCACGUCCUACCAGGGCGCCGGCAGGUACGCGGGCCCCCCGCCGUAUCCCAGCUCCCCCUGCAGCGUGACCCAGGAGCCGGCCCUCGGCCCGGGGCAGGACGACGUGCGUUCGGCCGCCGGCCCGGCCCCCUCCCAGGACAGGACGAGCCACGCCCCCGGGAGCACCGCCCUCGGCCCCCAGGGCCUGGUCGCCACGGCGACCAGCGGGGCGGGCGGGGCGCAGCACGGCUGGGGCCACGUGGGCGGGGUCAGCAGCGCCUGCGGCACGCCCACCAGCCAGGACGACGGGGCACUGGGUCCCGCGCUGGACGCCCCGCGGGGGAACAGCGCCUCAGGGACUCCCAACAGCCAGGGAGGGGCCACGCCCAGCUCGGCCGGCUUCAGCGCGCAGGGGCCCGCCAGAACAGCCAACCAGGCGGGCGGCAGCACGCCCAGCAGCCAGGGCAGCCAGGGCAGCCUCACCCCCGUGCCCAGCAAGGUCGCGGAGAAGGCAGCCGCCCCCACGCCGGCCCCGGCCCCGGCCAGAGGGGGCGCUCACGGCUCAGGCCUGCUGCCCUUCCCCCACGGGGUGGGCAGCGUGAACGGCAGGGGGCGGGGGGGCGGACCGGGUCCCGUCCCUUUUGACUGCUCGUGGGGGAACGGGGCCGUGGGUUACAGGGGACUCCCUCCCGGCAGGUCCAGACCCAGGGGCUGCAGGGAGCUGAGGGGGGGGCCCUGCAUUCGGGGCUUCCCUCAGGGCAGGGGGCGGGGCCACCCCGGCGGCUACUACACAGACUUCACACAGGACACCUACCUCUCCUGGGGGGAGGAGCAUUGGUCCCCGGGGGACGGCUACGGCACUCACAGAGAUGGCUAUAAUGGCUGGUGAGCCAGCAUUGAAUGUACAUAGUUAAAUCUUCAGAGCGCUUUAAAUGGGGAAAAAAGAAAUGACUCACAGGAUCCCUUGUUUUCUACCAGAGAGAGAGAGAGAGAGAGAGAAGAGGAAAAAAUGAAAAGAUACAGGCCAGCCCAGUGUCCUAUUGUCUGGUGGAUGCUCCUCAUGUUUCAAAAAUCUUGUUCAGACCACUAAAUUUGUAAUUGCCAAGAUUGUUUUAUUGCCUUCAAACGAUUCUGUUGUUAUGUAUUUGUUUUAUGUUUUUCCUCCCAGUCUCUGGGGGGUGGGGGUGUGCACAAUGUGUCAUCUCUUCAUCCUCACACGGCUCAACCAGGUGAUGUUGUCGGCUGCUGGUUUUUAAUUUUAUUUUUUUCCCUUUUUAAAAAAAAAAUAAAAAAUACUAGGUUGUUCAAAAUUGUUGGAACUUUCUAUUAAAACAUGCCUGUAUCAAACCUCUGGGUUUUCUGUUGGACGCUCCAGUUCAUGUAAGGGCAGACCGGCCUGGAUUCUGUCAGUUGAAGGUGUCCUCAAAUUUGACUGCAAAAUAAAUGAAGUAACACGCCCUGUUUACAUAGCACAUGCAGCUGACCAUUUGGAUUUCUUCAUGUCCAAUAACUGCAGAUCUGGAUAAAUUGAAUCCACAUCUGAUUCCUUUAGUUUAAACUAGUCAUCAAAUACGACUUGAGAGUCACAAAAAUGGAAAUAUAACAUGAAAAGCAUGAACGUUUUUUUUUAUCUGCAACAUUUUGAGUUCAGUAGUCACAAAUGUUACCUCAUGAAAUUGUUCAUCGAGGGGGAAAAAAACACUAAAUCUAAGUCGAACUUGAGGACAUGGGAUGGAUGGAAUGCAGUCCAGUCUAGUCUGAAAUGUGAUUAUGAGUGAACGUGCAUUUCCAGUGAGGGGGUUCAACAUGUGAAGGGAAGAAUAAAAGAAUUACCAACA